AGCCAGGCAGAGAAGGGAAGGACUCCUUGUCGGGGAGCCCAUCCGUUGGAUUCUACCCGAAAACAAAACGCCGAUUUUCUUUCCUGUCGCGUUUAUCAGACCUAACGGACUUCAUCAGCUGGGAAAUUGUUUUAAAGUGUGUUUUAUAUUAUUUUUUAUCCGCUGCGUGUUUUGGUCAGAUUGAAUAGAUUUGGUGUUAGCCGCUAGCUGUGGCUAAUGCAGCUUUUCCAGUUACCCAGUGCCAGUAGCCGUGGUCAGACAGUGUGGUACGGUUCGGUUUAUGAACGAUUUGUCACUGGAACAAAGUUCGUAAAAGGGACUAGCACUGACUGAGAUUAGUGUCUGUCAGUUCAAGUUCUGCGAUUUUAAAUACAACCCAGCUUCUUGCUGUAACCAACCAGCUAGCUAGAUCCACCACCUAGCUAGGCAAGGCAGCGCGGUUGUUAGCUGGCUAAUAGCUAUCAGUUGCGAGUGAUUUCAGUUGUGACAUUUCUGUAACGCAUCCCUGCUGUGCCAUCAAAUCCUUAUUGCUUUUUAAAAGAGAACACGGUUUCAGUUUGUGUAGAUACUGGCAGGUUUUCAGUUUUGUCGUUUUAGAAAGGUGGCAGCAGUGGGGUAAACUCAUAUUAGCUUACGUUUAGAGGGCAGAGUUGUGAGUAGGGGGAAUCAGAGGGGAACAACUGGAUUUCGGAGUACGACAAAGCUGCUCCUUUGGACUUUGGUACAAGUAUCCCACACGGAGAGUGGACAUCGCGCUUGCUUUAAACGGGUUCAGCACAUUUCAAAUAUCCGAGGGAGUUACGGGAGUCGGAGAAGCAUGUCGGGCCGACCCAGAACCACCUCGUUCGCCGAGAGCUGUAAGCCAGCGCCGCAGCCAUCCGCCUUCGGAAGCGUGAAAGUCAGCAGAGACAAAGAUGGCAGUAAGGUGACGUCCGUAGUGGCCACCCCAGGCCAGGGUCCCGACCGCAACCAGGAGGUCAGCUACCAGGACAUCAAGGUCAUAGGGAACGGGUCAUUCGGGGUCGUCUACCAGGCCAAACUCUGCGACUCAGGAGAGAUGGUCGCUAUCAAGAAAGUCCUUCAGGACAAGAGAUUUAAGAAUCGAGAGCUUCAGAUCAUGCGUAAGCUGGACCACUGCAACGUCGUCCGCCUGCGAUUCUUUUUCUACUCCAGUGGAGACAAGAAAGACGAGGUGUACCUGAACCUGGUGUUGGACUACGUGCCAGAGACGGUGUACCGAGUGGCCCGACACUACAGCCGAGCACGCCAGAUGCUGCCCAUGAUCUACGUCAAGUUGUACAUGUACCAGCUGUUCCGCAGUCUGGCCUACAUCCACUCCUAUGGCAUCUGCCACCGUGACAUCAAGCCCCAGAACCUGUUGCUGGACCCAGAGUCCGCCGUCCUCAAACUCUGCGACUUUGGCAGUGCUAAGCAGCUGGUCCGCGGGGAGCCCAACGUCUCCUACAUCUGCUCCCGCUACUACAGAGCACCCGAGCUCAUCUUCGGAGCUACCGACUACACUUCCAGCAUAGACGUGUGGUCAGCAGGGUGUGUGCUUGCUGAGCUGUUGCUAGGGCAGCCCAUCUUCCCUGGAGACAGUGGAGUGGACCAGUUGGUGGAGAUCAUCAAGGUUCUGGGCACGCCCAGUAGAGAGCAGAUCCGAGAGAUGAAUCCGAACUACACAGAGUUCAAGUUCCCCCAGAUCAAAGCACACCCAUGGACUAAGGUCUUCCGUCCGCGUACGCCCCCGGAGGCGAUAGCGUUGUGUUCUCGUCUGCUGGAGUACCCCCCCUCCAACCGCUUCUCGCCCCUGGAGGCCUGUGCCCACUCCUUCUUCGACGAGCUGCGCGACCCCAACCUCAAGCUGCCCAACGGCAGACAACACCCACCGCUCUUCAACUUUACUACGCAGGAGUUGUCCAGUAACCCGUCCCUGGCGUCCAUCUUGAUUCCGGCCCAUGCCCGCUCCGGAGCCGUCUCCAGCCCCUCCGGACCCACAAACGCAGACCCCAGCAGUGGAGAGCACGUCCAGAACCCCAGUGCCGCCUCCUCAGCCAAUCCCUCCUCCUGAAGCACCCACAAGCCCCGCCCAGCACCCCAGCAGUAGCCAAUAGCACGCUGACCUGGUUUUAACCUACGCCCACCCCCGUUGGCUUGUUCCAUGGAGGCCGAGGCAAUUCAGCUCUUUGCUCUCUUUCGAAACCAAGCGGGAAAACCAAGCAAGCAAAAGAAGAAAGAAAGAAAAAUAACUUUUCAAGGAAAUAUAAUUACAUCAAGAUUCAUCUUCAAUCCCAACCUCCCGUCGCUCUCCCUUCUUACACACACACACACACACACACACACACACACACACACACACACACACACACACACACACACACACACACACACACACACACACACACACACACACACACACACACACACACCUACCUUCACCCACGUCCCCCCCUCCCCCAACUCUGUGACGCUGGGUUGAUUUUAACUGCUGUUAUUCCACUCAUGACUUGGUUUCGUUAUUCUUUGUCAUUAUUAUUAUUAUUGUUGUUGUUGUUAUUAUUUAUUUGUACAAAAUGGACAUCAGAGAUUUCAUGGAAAGCUGCUCGUGUCUCCAUAUAGCCAUGGAGAGUCUGACUUUAUUUGGUGUAGUGAACACAAAAGAAGAAGAAGAAGAAGAAAAAGAAAGAAAAGAAAAGGAAAAAAAGCAUCACACGUUUAAAAAACUGGACACUGUCUGCUACAGUGAUUGCAUGGAAGAGAAAAAAAACCCUUGUGAAGAACGUGUUGAUGGCUGAUGAUGCGCCGGUUCACUUUUUACCUCUUGAUGUCUUUGUUUUAUUUUAUUUGGGAAGUGGUGAGAAGCCUAGUGGCUUGGCUGUAAAGUAUGUGAGUUGGGCUGCAAGCGCCUGCCUGGCUUCCCUAGUGGACUGGACAAGUGCCAUAGAGUGUCCUCUUACGCCCUCUUGUGGCCAGAGGGCUGCAAUGCACCCUCACUUCCAUUUAAAGCUCUGCUCGAUCUGCAGUCGAUGUUUGCCACUGUUUAGCUCUGCAAGAAAGGAAGACCUCAACAGACUGGUCGACAUCAGACUGGACUUAGCAGACGCUAAAGGAAACUUGAGUUGUUGUUUUUUCUCUCGUUGUUGUUGUUAAUGGCAGUUGAAAUCACUUCCUGUUAGUUUUGUUGUGUAUUAUUGUGUUAUUUGGCACAGUAGAACGUGCUGGAUCGGGGGCCUAUACUAAGAAGCUGGUUCAGGAGUAAAGCAGGUUAAGUUAAGACGUAAAACAUCUAAUAGAAGCGCCUGGAGUCCUGAUAUUCUUAAGAACAUGAGGACUGCCAGCUCUUCUUAGAUGAUAUUUUAAGGAGGAGUAAGGAAUUUCUAGAGGUUCUUCUAGAAUUUUACUGGAACACUCUACAGCUCCCAUAGACGUCUGUGUUAAAAAUCUCCCAAAGACAUUAUGACCUCAUAAUGAGAACUCAAAAUUUGAGCAAAAUUCUAAUCACAUAUUUGUGAUGGUACUCCUCAAAGGGUUAAUAGAAGAACCGGGUGUCCUCAUGCUCUCAAGAAAAUUAGGACUCCAGUCUCUUAUAUUAGAUGAUUUACCUCUCAACCUAACCUGUGGUGAAUUUCUCAAAACCAAAGUUGCUUACUGCAUUAGCUACUUUGUUGUUUUCAAUGCAUUUUCCCAUUGUCUACUACCGAAGUUGCUAACAGGCUAACAACUUCUCUUUUGAGAAACUCACCCCUGGUUUACUCCUGAACCAGCUUCUUAGUAUAGUACACCCCCAAGAUCUAGCAAGCAGGAAACUGACCAUGGAAUGUCUCUUCUUAAUUUAUCUUUUUAUUUUUUGUUGUCGUCGUCGUUGCUUUUAAAGACCACUUUAUAGUCUUCCCUCCACCACCACUACUGCUGCUGCUCUGCCCCCCCCCAGCCACACGCAGAUGGAAAGCCACAACCUACACUUAUUUAAACUGCUCCGUCAAACCGAAGUGUGUGUGUGUGUGUGUGUACAUGUGCGCAGUUGUGUGUGCGCGUGUUUGUCUGUGAGAGAGAAAUGUGUAUAGACAUGUGUGUCUGUCCGUUCGUCCGUCCGUCCGUCCGUCCGUCCAUUAGUCCGUCUGUGUAUUUGUGUACUUUUUGCAAGUCUGCAUGCAUUGCUCAUGUGCUCUGUCUUAACAAGCAGACCCCUUAUGGAAGGGGGGACAUAUAAAAAGAUAGGAGGAGGAGAAAUCAGGGCUGAAGUAUAAGCACUAGGCCUACACCCCGACACAGUCAUCACAAUGCAAUGGUAUCAUUAGUAGAAUAGACAGACACAGACAGCACCACCACACAAGUCUGGAGUGCCUUUUAACACACACUCACGCACACCCGUACUCAUGCAAGCACAGUUAGUUUUUUUCUUUGUUUGUUUUUUAAUGUUCAGUCAGUGGUGCUUAGAUGAGACAUUGGCUCUCGCUUUGUCGCUGUACUCUGAUUGGUCCAGUAGUGUGGAAGUGUGACAUCACUGCAGUGUCCGUCUGUUCAGCAGUGUUGGCCACAGUUUUAAAAAAAAAUGAAGGUGAAAACGGUCCACUUGGAGUGGGUCUUACAGUAUGGCAAAGGAGUCAGUGGUAGUAAACUCUUAAAAUAUGGGUCUUUGUUGUUUUGCUUUUGGAUUAAAACAAAGGCCCAAGGCUCUUCCAUGUGGAAAUUGGCCACUGGACACGUGUACUAGCUUCCAGCUGGACCUACUGUAAGGGCUUCGUAAACAUUGAAGCAAAUGAUGGGUUACACUUAACUUGAUGCUGCCAUCAUUUUACUUCAGUGUCAUAACGGUGUCGUGACAGUCAUUAACAUUAUGCCAAGGUCAAAAACAUGUUAUAGUCAUGAAAAAUUGGCAUUGUUUUGACUGUCUUUACUGUACCACAACUGAUUGUCACUUAAUGACAACAAUCAUAAAAUGUUUGACAUUGACAUAAUGUUUGUAACACGUCCAUGACUGUGUUAUGACACUAUUAUGACACUGUUAUGUCAUCUGUCUAACGGCAGCGUCAUGUCAAGUGUUCCCCAAUGAUUUAGUGGCAGUAGAUGUGGAGUGCUUUAGUGCCAAAGGGUAGCAUGGCUCAAGCAGAUUUGCCCUUUGGAUUGCGUGUGUACUUGUAUAUACAGUAUGAGUUUGUGUGUGUACGCGUGUCUGUGUGUGUGUAUGUGUCUGGAAAGUGUGUAAAGGUGUGCUUGCUGUUAUAUUGGUACCCAAUCAUACAAUGAGGAUGUUCAGUUUGCACAUAUGAUAUCUACGCAGAACAGAACAGUACAGUACAGUACAGAAGCUUGAACAUCUACCAUGCGACUCUAGUCUACGCUUUAGGUGCGACCACUGUUAUUUCUCAAAGCGAAGUUUUUUAGCCUUGCUAGUGCAAGUAGCGCCCAUUUUUCGCAGGAGUAUCCGAUUAUAAAUGACACUUAGAACUAGUUACUGGAUACUCUGUGUAAUCCGUGUAAAAUGCCCAUUACUCGCUCUAGAAAGGCUAGGAUACUUCACUUUGAGAAAUACCGCAUGUUUCUGAAGCAUCAGGGCUGUUGUCUGUUUUUGAUACAUCUUGUAUUUACCUGCUGCUUAGGAUACUUGAAGCGAUAUGGUACCAUUCCUGCAAAAUACACUAUUUUUACACCUCCCCUUGAGUUGAGUAACUGAGUUUUACCUUCCUCCUGUAGUUCCAGAGGUUUCUUGAGUCUGGCCAUACAAAUUCUACCCACAAGCUAGCAUUUAUCAUUGGAUCUUAUGGGACCAGCUAACAGUUAGCUGGACCCUUAGGAGUCAAUGAUGGUUGCUAGUCUUGAACUAGAGGAAACAUCCCCUGACAGAGAGAACGACUGGAAGAACAUUAAAGAAGAAAGGUAAAGUUCAAUCAUUUGAGGUGUAAAAAUUAGCUUAUUUCCACAAAUGGUACCGUAUCGCUUUAAGCAGUAGGCCUACCCCACUCCUACUUGAAAUGCCCCCCUCUACCACCACCACCACCCUAAAACUCAAAACAGGGCUGUUUGGUUCCUCACGAAGAGAGGAACUUCUGAUAUAACCAUGCACAGUUGUUGUUGUUGUUUUUUUUCUCUGUUACAAAUGCAUCUAUGUAAAUACAUUGUGUUCUGGUUCCAUGUGCCACUUGGUUCCUUCUGAGCAGUAGGUUUAUGGUACUGCAUUCAAAUAAAAGUGUAGGAUAGCUUGGGAACACUA